AUGACUCCACAGCCGCCACCAACCAACCCUUCAUGGCCGUUGCCAAAGCCUCUAUCGGACAUAGAGCUGGAGGACAUGCUGAAGACAAAUGAGCCAGACCAAUGGAUGCAGCAGGACCUUUCAUUUGACACUAACACUGGCUACGAAUUCCAGCCAUUUCCUUUAGACAUUGGUGAUUCGGAAUGGUCGCAGUGGACAAAUUCUGAGUCACACCUCGUAACAUCCUCUGAUGCAGAACCUGAACCUCAAGAUCGCAAUGGUGUAAAGGUUUCAGGAAGCAUAUAUGAUACUGCUCCGCCUCUAGCAGGGGAAUAUGUUGACCCAUCCUUAUCACAACCAAGCCUCACCAAUGUGUCACAGUGGCUCGAUGGGGCAUAUCGGCCUCCUGUAUCAUGUGCCCAUUGUCGCAGACAUCGGCUACAAUGUCUGAUAAUUCGCACUGGGCCCGCCAAUCCAAAUCCCAAAAAUUCCUGUUCAAGCUGCGUAGCCCUUUUUCGGGAAUGCAGCUUAGCAAAGGGAGAGAAACGCCUCCCGUCGGGCUUUGAAACUUUUUCUCCGGUCUUGGGCCAUCUCCACGGUGUACCGGAAAAUGGAAACCCAUUAGCCGCUAUCAGUAUCGACAAUGGCGAUGAACGAAAAGAACCUAAACAGUUCCUCAGAAAAGGGGCUAGAAUUCUCCGCGAGUGGUUCUAUCAGAAUCAAGAAUAUCCUUAUCCAACAGAUGCACAAAAAGAUCAGCUGGCCCACGAGACUGGCUUUUCUCAAAAGCGCAUAUCAACAUGGUUUGCAAACGCCCGCCGCCGCCAGAAGCAAAAGGCCCAGGCUGCGGGACUCUCUUCAACAUCCCGCACCCGCUCAGGUUCCCCCAUGGUUACCAGCACGUUGUCUUCCCUAACUCCCAUGGAGCGAUGGCAGGCUUCCCCGCCAGAAGAUGAACCUGUCCCAGAACUGGCAAUCCAAAAUGCUAUUGCCUCUGGCUCGAUGGAGUCGUACGACAGUAUUGACCCGUUCCAGCUCGAUGGGUCUUCCAUGGAUCUCUUCAAUUUCGACGAAAGCUCAUCGCAUUUGGCGUCCUCAGUGUCAAGCAUUGGGAGCAAGUUAUCCGAGACAUCUGGUAGCACAUCUUCAGCGUGGAGCUAUCAUUCCUCAGCGGAUAUGGGGUUGUCGUUUCCACUGCCUCCAAAACAAACUAAACCCAAACGUAUUCGAGGAAGGCAGCGAGCAGCAGUAGACUAUCAUUACCAGUGCACAUUCUGCACGCAGUCUUUCAAGAAGAAACACGACUGGGCCCGCCACGAGAAAAGUGUCCAUAUCACCCUUGACUCCUGGGUCUGUACUCCAAAUCUCAAUGACGUCCAACAAGCGUUCGAACUCCAGUCUUCUGAAUGCUCUUUCUGCGACGUGCUUUUCCCAACGCCCGCCCAUUGGGAAGAACAUGAAUUCCACAUCUGUGCCGAUAAGCCUGCUCAAGAGCGAUCAUUUAGUCGAAAGGAUUAUCUAUGGCAGCAUCUGCGCAAAUUCCACAGUUGCACGAAAACACCCGUGACUGACCUCGAAGCCUGGCGUGGAUCGGGAGUCAAUGUUGAAAGCCGUUGUGGAUUCUGUGGAUGUUCACUGUCCACCUGGUCAGCUCGGGCAGAGCAUCUGGCGGCUCAUUUCAAGAAGGGUUCUCGUAUGGAUCAAUGGGAAGGCGAUUGGGGCCUGGAUGCAUCUGCCUUAAGUGUUUUACGCAACGCUAUCCCACCAUCUCAGCGGGUCGUGGUAAACAUGCCUGCUUAG